UUGAAGUAACGACCCCGUACUCCUUUGCCAAUUGCAUGCUCCACACAGCUCCGUUUCUCAUGGCCCGGCCAUGACAGAUACAAAAUUGAGCCUGCUUUCUGAUGGUAGGCAGUUUUUGGCCAGAGGACCUAUGGUUAUUGCGAAAUUGGUGUUCAAAGGCUGUACUCCGACCUCUGUCUCCGGGUCCUGUGGCCGUAGCGUAAUCGCGACUCCGUGGUGUGUGCUGUGCCAACUCUAUCGGGCCGUUUAUUUCGCCGCGCCGAUAUUUGUGCCGCUGAUGUCGGUACCGGCGCGGCGUUUUCCACGUUUUCGAAGCUGGAUGAAGUGAUUAUAUUUUCGUUUGUUUUCCAUUGUUGCCUGUUUUCCAUGCUAUGAGUAUAAUUGUAAAAACAACCUAAACAACCUAACAGGUUUUGUCUUUUAUAAUUGUAAUCAAGCGUGGGUCGUGGGCAUUGGCAUUAGCCGUGGGCGGCGCGUGCGGACGGAGCGCCGGCGGCAGCCAUGAGUCUGGCGGCGGAGGAGUUCCACACAGACACCGACGGCGCCCACUACCGGGACGGCGCCAUCGACCUGGUGGCCGGCUCGAUGGGCGGCGUGGCCAGCGUGCUGGUCGGACAGCCGCUCGACACCGUCAAGGUAAAGAUGCAGGCCUUCCCGGAGGUGCACACCAACCUGCUGGGCUGCUUCCGCACCACGUUCGCCGGCGACGGUCUGCGCGGUCUGUACGCCGGCACGGUGCCCGCGCUGGCAGCCAACGUGGCAGAGAACUCGGUACUCUUCUGCGCGUACGGCUUCUGUCAGAAGCUGGUGGCCCGAGUGACGCGCACGCCCGACGUGGCCGAGCUGUCCGUGAUCGGGAACGCCACGGCCGGCUUCGUGGCGGCGUUCUUCUCGUCGUUCACGCUGUGUCCCACCGAGCUGGUCAAGUGCCGGCUGCAGGCGAUGCGUGAGACACACGGCCGGCUGGACGUGGGUCCGUUCGGACUCACCAAGCGGAUCCUGCGCGCCGAGGGCGUGCCGGGCCUGUUCCGCGGCCUCACCGCCACCAUGGCCAGGGAGAUGCCCGGCUACUUUUUCUUUUUCGGCGGCUACGAGGCGACGCGCGCCCUGCUGACGCCGGCGGGUCUGACCAAGGACGAGAUCGGCGCGGCGCGGACGAUCGUGGCCGGCGGUGUGGGCGGUAUCAUGCUCUGGGUGGCCAUCUUCCCGGCCGACGUGGUCAAGUCGCGCAUCCAGGUGGAGGGUUCGCGCGAGCCGAUGUUGCGCGUGAUGCGCACCAUCCUGCAGAAGGAGGGCGUACUGGCGCUGUACAACGGGCUCGGACCGACGCUGCUCCGCACCUUCCCCGCCACGGGCGUGCUCUUCCUGGCCUACGAGCUGACCAAGAAGAGCCUGCACAGCCUCUUCGGCUGACCGCGGCCGGACGAUCAUCUGAGACGCCGUAUGUGCCUUGUGCCCAGAUCGAUACGCUUUUAGGAAAGAUCUACUCUAGGUGCCUUAGAGGGUUCAUAGCGCCUUUACAGUUUUCAUAGCAAUGGUAUGUUCAGGGAUCGAAACUCUGCCAGUUUUUUUUUCUUUUUCUUUUUAGAUGCAGUAGCCCCUUACACCGUAAGGGUUGCUCAUUUAGCAUUUAGGUAUGUGAUACCCAGACGUUUUCCGUAGUUUCCUUGACCUUCGCGUGGCCAUACAUUGGUGUUAAUGCUUCUAGUGAGGUCAAGAAAACUAAUAAGGCUUCGAGAAUAUAUAUGCUAGCAUUGUCUGGUUUCAUCUGAAACACCUUGGAUUCGGUGUUCAAGGGAUGCGGAUUUUUCAGCGGUACUUUAACAGCAUUUGACCUGAAUGAUAACUAUUCAUGACAUGUAGUGCCCUACAGGUUGAUAUUGCGAAAUGGUGCAUUAAUGCAUUUCAUAUUCACUGUAUCUUGCAAUUAGCAAUGGAAUGCGGGUGCCUAUGCGUCUCAGGAGUCAGGCUGACAUGUUUCUGUUGAUGCUGAUGUUACUGGUGAGCGGUAUAGUUAUACAGAGAUUGCCAUGAAUGUGUGUCGCUUCAGCGACAGAUCUGAGCUUAGCCUUUUGGCCAAAUUUUAUAUGCCCUGCAUUUUUCAACGAGACAACUUGACGAGUCAUGUUAGGACUCGGAUAAAAAUGUGAUUUCAAGUGCCAAAAUGUUUAUCCUGUGGGGUCGAUGUUACGUCGUGCGACUCUAUGUCAUGUAGCCACUAGCCAGUAUGUCUUAGAUACGAUCGAAACGAGGGGUCAUUUAUGAUAUUUGUAGAUUUGUAGUCGCCUUGCUAGGUCGCCUUGAUGUGAAGGGAAAUCGUGUGUACCUGUACACUGGACAGCCGCUGGCUGAACAGAAAAGACCUAUGUGGUUUUAUGUAACCUGCGCUGCUGCAUAGAGCGUACUUAUGAAAAGACUACAGUGAAUGACGAAUAAAUGAAAGCCCGAUUCA